AUGUCACUCCCAAAGACGCAGAAGGCAGUCAUUUUCGAGAAGAACGGCGGUGAGCUGCAGUACAAGGAUAUCCCCGUGCCCGAGCCCAAGCCCAACGAGAUCCUGAUCAACGUCAAGUACUCAGGCGUGUGCCACACGGACCUGCACGCGUGGAAGGGCGACUGGCCGUUGCCCACGAAGCUGCCUUUGGUCGGCGGACACGAGGGCGCCGGCGUGGUGGUCGCCAAGGGCUCGCUGGUGAAGGGGUGGGAGAUCGGCGACUUUGCCGGGAUCAAGUGGCUGAACGGGUCGUGCAUGGCGUGCGAGUACUGCGAGAAGGCGAACGAGUCGAACUGCCCCAGCGCGGACCUCUCCGGGUACACGCACGACGGGUCGUUCCAGCAGUACGCGACCGCUGACGCGGUGCAGGCGGCCAGAAUCCCCGCCGGCACCGACUUGGCCGAGGUGGCCCCCAUCCUGUGUGCCGGUAUCACCGUGUACAAGGCGUUGAAGUCUGCGAACCUGCGUGCGGGCGAGUGGGUCGCCAUCUCGGGCGCCUCCGGCGGGCUGGGCUCGCUGGCCGUCCAGUACGCCAAGGCGAUGGGCUACCGGGUGCUCGGCAUCGACGGCGGCGAGGAGAAGGAGCAGCUGUUCAAGAAACUGGGCGGCGAGUACUUCAUCGACUUCACCAAGAGCAAGGACGUGAUCGCCGAGGUGAUCUCCGCCACCAACGGCGGCGCCCACGGCGUCAUCAACGUGUCUGUGUCUGAGGCUGCCAUCUCCGCCUCCACCAGAUACGCCAGGGCCAACGGUACCGUUGUGCUAGUCGGGCUGCCAGCCAACGCCUACUGCAAGUCCGAGGUGUUCAACCAGGUCGUCAAGUCUGUCUCCAUCGUCGGCUCCUACGUCGGAAACAGGGCAGACACCAGAGAGGCGCUCGACUUCUUCACCAGAGGCCUCGUCCGCUCCCCCAUCAAGAUCGUCGGCCUCUCGACCUUGCCGGAGAUCUACGAAAAGAUGGAAAAGGGCCAGAUCGUCGGCAGAUACGUCGUCGACACCUCUAAAUAA